AUGGCGAACAAAGAGAUCACGACUAAGAACGUGGUCGAAGUCGACGGCGAAGUGGCUGCCAAAAGCGUCGACCACAGCGAUGCUGAUUCGACGACACCUGUAGUUGUGAAACCGAAGCAAACAUGGAGAUCGUACUUCUGGGACACGUUUGAUAAAUCACCAGAGGAGAGGAGAUUCUUGUUCAAGCUAGACGCGGUGAUCUUAACAUUCGCUUCUUUGGGUUACUUCAUCAAAAAUCUCGACCAGAUAAACGUCAACAGCGCCUUCGUAUCUGGCAUGAAAGAGGAUCUUGGGCUUUACGGUAACCAGCUCAACUACAUGACUGCAUGCUGGACGGUUGGCUAUGUCAUUGGCGAAGUCCCAAGCAAUAUUUUGCUCACCAAAAUUCGACCCUCUAUUUGGAUACCGGCAUGUGAGGUUGUGUGGUCAGUUUUGACCAUCUUAAUCUCAAAGUGCCAGACGGCAACGCAGAUAUACGUCCUCCGAUUCUUUAUAGGGCUCGCCGAGAGCGCUUUCUAUCCCGGCAUGCAAUAUGUCAUUGGAUCUUGGUGUUGUAUCUUUCAUGCAAGCGGUACGAUAGGAACGAUGUUUUCCGGCUACUUGAUGGCUGCAGUCUAUAAUCUGAACGGCGUGGAUGGAUUUAAGGGUUGGCAGUGGCUUUUUAUCAUAAAUACCACGAUAUCCUUACCGAUCGCCAUCGCAGGCUUCUUCUUCUUUCCGGAUGUGCCCGAAAUCACUCGAGCGUGGUGGUUAAACAAGGGCGAGAUAGUGCUAGCAAAGAAACGCAUGGAAUUAGAAGGUCGAGCUAACCGGGGACCAUACACCAAGGCCAAACUCAAGAAGAUCUUCUCCUCGUGGCACAUAUACGCACUGACGCUUUUAUACAUUUUCUUCAACAAUGGCACGGGCUAUGGUAGCCAGCCGGCCUUCGCGAUCUGGCUGAAACAGGAAGGGUACAGCGUUACCGCGAUAAACUCCUACCCGACUAUCUCAUCGGCCAUCGCUGUGAUCUUUACGUACAUAUACGCCUGGACUUCAGAUUCAUUAUUCAAAGGAGAAAGGUGGCCAGCAAUGGUGUUUUCAGGGGUUGUCAACAUCAUUACCAACACAAGUCUCGGGGUUUGGAAUAUCCCCGUUGGCUGGAAAUGGGCUUGUUACAUCAUAGGUACUAUUGGAGGAGGGAUCAGUGGGCUGACGUUCGCGUGGGCGCAUGAGAUCUGUAGUGACGACAAUGAAGAGCGCGCUCUAGUGGUGGGAACUAUGAACGAGAUGGCGUACGUCGUUCAGGCAUGGCUACCAUUGAUCAUUUGGCAGCAAGUUGAUGGGCCGCGAUAUCGCAAGGGUUUCAUCACGAUGGUGUUCAUAGCUGCUGGCCUUAUUGUGACUUCUCUCACGAUAAGAAUCCUUCAUCGCCGAGAGCGUGCUAAGAAAGCACGGUCAGUAAGCAUAGAAUAG